AUGGUUGGAUUAUAUAAAAUCGUGACUGUCCUCGUUGGCAUAGCCACUGUGGCGAUAGCGUUUUCUGGGACCGAGGACACCAAAGAGACAAUCGAAACGCGUGACAAAAGUCCAGAGGUCGGCAGGAACACAUACAUUUCCCUCAUCAAUGCCACACCGUACAACUGGACCAAGACUUACAAUCACUCCUACCAAAUGAACUCCUGGGAUUCAAAAUGGCCCAAGUUAAUGCAACCGGGAGAGUCAGUCACAGUCUACGCCUCUAUCCGUUUCAGUCCUUACCAUCCAAUGCGCGACUCCGCUGGCGAAACAACAUAUCGUAUCGAGGGAACCAAAAACCCCAUGUCGUUCCAAGUUCAAUGCCGCUCUGGAAUUGUCCACGAGGCCUACAUCCAGUUCCUCGAGAACUUGGAAACUCUGAACAACAACAAGUACACUGAGCAUAAUCUCGGGUUCUCUCGCACCCCCGGCGGAGUGGGAUUCGUCCUCGCCGGCACCGAAGAUCACUUCAUCUCCAACGACGGGCCUCUAGACUGGAUGCAGAGCCAGAUCAACGAGAUUGGACACUUGCCACUCCGCGAAAUCACCCUACCUCGCUCCCACCACUCAGGGCAGUGGAAGAACGAAAAGCUCGUCGGGGGUGCGCAGCCUGCCAACACUCAAGCUCACGUACUCCCUCUAUACGACCAACUCGGCAACGGGGGCAUCCGAGUUCUCGACAUCCGUCCCAUGCUCAAAGGCGGCGUGUUCCACCACGGCCACGUCUCUGUCUGGAAUGGCAUGCCCAACGGUAUGCUUGGAGCUACCAUCAAGGAAAUGGUCGACAUGCAAAACAAAUUCAUGAAAGACUACCCCGGCGAACUCUUCAUCUGGGACAUUCACGAACACGACGCCCGCAAUGGGGACAAACACUUCAAGUCCUUGGACGACGAGGAUCGUAAGAAGCUCUACAAGGAGCUCUUCCGUCUUCAGCACCGCCACGCUCUCCCCGACGGGGUCGACAUUUCCACACGUCCCCUAAAUACCCUCAUCAGCGAGCGUCUUCGCAAGCGCGGCCGCUCCUGCGUCAUCGUCCGCCUGCCCACCUCGUGGGCCACGAAGAAAUACUUCCCCGGCAGCAAGGAAGGCUUUCUCUCGGGUGUCAACUUCCCAUACAAGACUCGCUGGUCUAAUACCAACAAGAUGAAGACCCUCGUGGAGGACCAACUCCGCGGUCUACGAGAGGCGCGGCCCUCGAGAUCCUCCCAGAUGUACAACAUGGACUGGAUCCUGACCCAGCAACGUUCCCAGGCUCUUUUCCCCCUGGAUUUGGAGUCUAUUAUAGAACUAUCCGGCGAGGCGUGGAAGACAUUAUUUCAGGAUCUUUGGAAUGCGCUCACGGAUGAGACGUAUCCGAAUUGGAUUGCCUUGGACAAUAUCCAUGGCAAUCAGCACAAGGCGCUGGCUAUGGCUAUCAAUAAGUGUUUGGCGGCGAGAAACUGUGGUUCUUUAGGGGGCAAGGUCAAGGUGGGCGGAGGCGAAUGA